AUGAUGACUUCUAAAGUUCCGACGGGUUUUCGGCAUGCAUCUGCCGAGCUCGAAUUUUCUAAAGAAAACUACGCAGUGAAGGAUUUUCGCCGGAGCGUGUUUCGACGCCAGACCCAGUCUUAUACGCCCAUUUUGCUGUCAAAAGAUGCCAAGCGUCGCCAGGAGGUUCGUAACCGUUCCGCGGACCUAACAUCUUCUCAGUGGACUGGACAGCAUAGUUCGCCGAAAAUGCAUAAAGAGAACGGUAUAGGGCAUCAACGCGGCAGAGACACCUCUCGAGAUGCCACCGAUGAGUUCCGCGGUCUGUGCGUAAUUGACGAUGACGGUAUUUCCCCCUGUGCAUCCUCCGCCAUGUCAACUUCCUUCCCCUCCUGUCAGAGGCUCAAUGGCGCUAAGAAGGUUUCCGGAAGCCUGAACGAUGCUAGGAGAUCCCCUAAUGCAUUCACUAUGCACGAACAGGGCAAGCGAGCUGACAAGGAGCGUGCCUGGGAGAUGACGUCCCAAAAACGACACCGAGAGCAUGGAAAAGAAGUGUCCUCCAGGGGGACUUGUCAGGGCUUAAACGUGCAUUCAGAGACUGCAAGGGCAGACGCGGAUUUCCCUUCGAAUUCCGUGCCGGAGGGUUCCGCAAGACUGCCGACGACCAGUGAGAGCGAUUCGCCCAAUAUCUUUGAUUCGAGGGGUGGGGCGCCGUGCAUAUCCAAAGUCGCAAAAACAAGGGCUGCAGCAAAUGGUUAG